AUGGGAAUCUCCCAUGCAGCAAUUGUUCCAGCUUCGGCUAAGAUAGUCGUUACCUCGGGGGAGCCAGGACUAGAUCUUAAGACCGGUCAAUUGGUGACGGAAUCUCUUGAAGCACAAUUCCGUGCCGCAUUUGACACCGUUGACGUCGUGCUAAAGAAUGCUGGUGUGACCAACGGCCUUCGUGGUGCAUACAAAUUCACUAACGCUGCCCCGGUCAUACUCCGGUUUUUUAUGGCCUUUGGAGUGAAGGAGCUCGCGAUGGAGGGAAUGAAGGUGGAGAUUCGUGCGGAAGCCGUCAUGGAAUGA